GUUUUGGUUCCUCUGAGUUAUCAGAAGUAAGUUGCCUCUACAUAAUCACCCAUACCAGGGUAUGAUGAAGAGUCAGGUAGAGCUCCUUUGUGUCCUGAUCAUUAUGAGUGGAGGAUUUGCCCAAAGCCUGAAACCCCGCCGGAGCGUUUCCUUCUCAGGUGUUAACCUGAAGCUGUUUAAGAAGCCUGACUUUGACGGUUUGAGCUCCCUGUUGGUGAGAGAAGACAUCGGUCUGCUCUUCAUCGGAGCCAGAGGAAAGGUCAUGACGCUCCGUUUGGAUGACAUCACUGAAAAGACCAGUGAGAUUAACUGGAUGGUGACCUCUAGAGAAAAAGCUCUGUGUAAGGUGAAAGGCAGGAGCAUCGAGGAAUGUGACAACUACAUCACGAUGAUGCACACUCAGGAUGAUGGCAAAAUUCUGGUUUGUGGAACCAAAGCAUUCGACCCUACCUGCACACACCUGAUGUUUCAGGAAGGAAAAGUGACCAUGGAAGACAGUUUCCAGAAUGGCAGGGGGAAAAUUCCUUUUAAGCCCGAUGAAAAGUUUGCUUCCCUGAUGAAUGGAAACUCGUUGUAUACCGCUGGCUCUAUAAACUUCCUGGGAACAGUAACAUUUUUCCAAAGACAUGGGAAGCCUUCCCUGAGGACUGAACAAAUAUGGUCUUGGCUCAAUGAACCCACCAUAAUUUCCAUUAAGUUUGCUGAAAUCAGCAAACAUUCAAACAACAACGAGGACGACAGCGUCUUCUUGUUCCUCACAGAGAUCGAAAACAGGAAUCAACGCAACAAGUUGCGACUGUCAACAGUUGCACGAGUGUGUAAAAGUGACUUGGGAGGAUUGAGAAUUUUGCAGAGAAAGUGGACUUCUUUUCUGAAAGCCCGUCUGGACUGCCCGUUUGGACAUGAAGGUUCAGAGUCUGUGGUGCAGGAUGUCUUUUUUCUCCAAGAUGAAAAUAACGUGACCGACAGCAUCUUCUAUGCAACAUUCACCUUGAGCUCGAAGCCGUCCAGUACCUGCAGUCAGUCUGCUGUCUGCGCCUACAAGCUGUCAGACAUCCAGCAAGUUUACAGGGGGAACGUUAUGUCCGCGACUGAUUCUGGCAGCUGGUGUAUUAAUGAUGAAAUGCGAAAGGAAAAUGUAAGGACUUCUCAUGACAUCCCAGACAGAACCCUGAUGUUUGUGAAGAACCACUUUUUAAUAGAGCAAGCCGUGAAACCGAUCAGUGGGAGGCCCCUGCUGGUCCGGUCUAUGGUUCAGUUCUCAAGAAUUGUUGUUGACAAAGUAACAUCUCUGGAUGGACAGCAGCACAACAUCAUGUUUAUUAGCAACAACUCUGGUUGGCUGCAGAAGGCGGUGUGGUCUGGUGAUGAUGGAGGGCGAAUCAUUGAGGAGUUGCAGCUGUUUCAGGAUCCUCAGCCCAUUCGCUUCCUUCAGCUCUCCUCUAGAAGUGGUCAGCUGUACAGUGCAACUAGAACUGCUGUUGCUCAGCUCAGUGUGAGGGACUGCAGCCGCUACACAUCCUGUGCCGACUGCCUUACUGCCAGAGAUCCAUACUGUGGCUGGGACCGUCUCAGAGGCCUGUGUGCUGCUGUUGCUGGUGCUUCAAACCUCUCCAUGAUCCAGAACCUCACUGAUGGUGAUGUUGGAAUCUGCCCAAACUCUCAUUGGUCAACGAAGAGUAUCGACAUCCACCUCACAGUUGACGUGGCACAGUUCCUCCCCUGCUCCCCUGACACCAAUCUCCCCAUCAGCUGGAGCUUCUCUGGUAACAUCCUUGAGCCCGGUCCCCGACACAUUCUGCUCAGCCAGGGACUCGUUUUAACACCUUCCUUCACUGAUGAAGGCCUUUACACCUGUGAGACAGUGGAAGUAGUUAAAGGCAGAGAGCACAGGAUGGCGGUGAUCUUGUACAACAUUAAGGUUUCAGAGGAUAUACACCUGGUGGGAAAAGAAUUCUCAAAACAAGACUGGGGGUAUUAA